AUGGAUACCAUCACUCCGGAGCUAGGCUCGAAACUCUCAUCACUAUACUCCCGUUACUAUCAGACGCCGUCGACCCUCGGCAGCCGCGGUGACGAAAAUUUCCCAGAUCUCGACUUCCAGCAAUACCAGCUCUGGCAGUACGGCCCGUACUCUGGUCCACGGGUGGUCAUCAGGAUCGAGAAGAGGAGAAGAAAAAUGGCGCCUGCUGUGGUUCCCGAAUCGAGGAUAGGACCGCACCCGAGCUAUAUCCAUGUUGCGCAAGUAUUUAUGUUUCAGCAGCAGCUGAAUGGGAUGAUGAUGGCGCUGGGGACGAAUCCGACGAGAGAGGAUACAUUCAGGUUACAGGGCGUGCAGUGGAUCAACGAUGUUAGGACUGCGUUGCAGCUACCCAUCAGAACUUUCUGCACGGCGUCGCAUUAUUAUCAUCGCUUCAGGAUGCAGCAUAAAGAUAACGAGUAUCAGUUUCACGACGCUGCGGCGGCGGCGCUGCUCACGGCCUGCAAAAUUGAGGAUACGCUUAAGAAAUCGAGGGAAAUAUUAUGCGCAGCGCAUAAUCUUACGAAAAGUCCUGCAGAGUAUCUCAGCCCAGACGACAGCACUUUCGAGGCUUCGUCGAGGAUUGUAAUUGGCCUCGAACGACUCAUGCUCGAGUCGUCAGGCUUCGACUUCCGGGUUAGGUAUCCGCAUAAACAUAUCAUCAAGCUGGGGAAAGAGGCGGGCAUUGAGAAAGAUGUCUCGAGGGUGGCUUACAAUAUGAUGCUAGACUUGUACCGGACAUUUGCGCCCUUGAAGCAGUCCUGCUCGACUAUGGCUUUUGCUUGCAUUGAACUUUCUACCUUAUUACUAGAGAAGCAGCAAUCUGCCAUUCGGGGCGAACGAUCACCCAAAUACCGCAAAUGGGGGACUACACGGACGGAGAUUAUCGAGACGAUUCUGGAUCUGCUGGAUCUGUACACGCAUUUCCCCAAAUUCAACAUUGUUGGCGCAGAUCACAAUGUUGAUAAGUUCUUCCGGCUGCGGAUUACCAUCAACAAGGAGAUGGAAGAGUCGUCCCUGAAGCGGUACACCGAGCACCAAGAGAUCCGCCGCAUCAACGGCGUAAAACCCAAUGUUAAGACUCCAAAGACCCCAGCUACGCCCGCUAGCCCCGCGGACACGCGUGUCAAUGGGAUGGAUGUUGCGUCGCCCGUGACACUGAGUCCGCGGUCUUCUGGGUCUGCGAGAAGGGGCACUGGAGCGAGGGGACAGGAAGGCACAGUCAGGUUCAUGUUGGACUCGGAUCAGGCGAAGCGGGAGAAGGAUGUUACGGCGGAGUACUUCAAGACAGAGUACGAGGAGUAUGAGGUUGAGAUUGAAGAGCCGAUCAAGGCCAAAGUGGACGAGAGGGAGAGGCCGCGACAUGAUGGUCCUAGGCAUGGGUUUGGGAGGGGCGGGGGCGGUUAUGAUAGGGGACGAGGGGGGUUCGAUCGUGGAGGGGGAGGGUACAAUCAUCAUAAGAGGGUAAGGAAGUAUUAG